AUGUUCAGAUUAUCUUUCGUUGCUAUUUUCAUAUCACUCGUAGCGCUCAACGCUGUAUCUGCACAUCCAGCGCCCCUGGCCAAACGAAACGUUAUAUAUACCUGCGUAUCUUUGCGUAAGGGAGAACGAUGUCUAUCUGGAGAUGACGCAUGUUGUCAUGUGGUCUGUGAAAGGACUGACAUCCCGACGAAUUGCUUCGCGAUUCCUUCAACUCAGUCCAUUCCUUUUUGUGCACACGCAAGAGCUUCAAGACAAGUGCGAAGACCUACACAAGAAACCGGACCCGCCCAAGCCCAAUCCUCCCCCGCCUCCCCCACCACAAAUCGUGCAAGUUACUCAACCACCAGUCGUAGUGACGCCUCCUCCCCCACCGGUCGUAGUGACCCCGCCUCCCCCACCGGUCGUAGUGACCCCGCCUCCCCCACCACCCCCAAACCCGACCGUCGUAUUGACGUCGCCUCCCGCUCAGAUCUACUCCGUGCAGCCACAACCUGGAGUGGUGUAUGUCCAGCCAGCGUCAGUGCCGGCUCCCGCGCAUUGAAAUCACCUGCCUACCAGUUCAUCCCCUUCAUACAAUCAUUUUCACAACAGCGGCAUGAUCUUCAGCUUAACCAAUAG